AUGCAUCUAAUGGCCAAAAAACUUGACAUAGCCACGCUUGAUGGAUGGUGCAUUACGCCGAAUGGAAAGCCUUGUAUCGAUCCUCCCAUCAAUAAUCAAAUAAUUGUUAUCAAUCAUGGCUUGAAAAGAAGCAGUGGCAACCAGUGUCCUCACGAAGUGUUAUUGACAAGCACAGCAGUUUUGAACAAAGAUGGAAAGCACAAUUUCGAAUCAGUGGAUGCGUUGCUUACUGGAUUCGACUGGGAAACUAAUAAGGAGACAAUGAUUUACAUUAUCACUGAA